AUGGCGGCUUCUCUUACGUCACCACAGGCCGGAGAUCUGCCCGCCUCUUGUCUACACACUCUUCACUACGACUCCAUCAUCGCUGAUGCCUGCGCCUACAACCGCCGUCUUUUCAAGGGUCGCGAAAGUAGGCCGCCAUUCUUCGAUAUUGCUACCCAGAUUACUCAACGUCCGGCACCCUGGCUCCAGCGCAACAGCCAGGGAGGUUUAAAACGUGAGUUCGCCUCCUUGCACCCCUCCCUCUUCCCACGUAACAUCUAUUAGUAGUUUCUGCGCAAACAUUAAUUAAUCAGUAUUAUCUUCCGCACCUGAGAGAGUGUCCGGAUUUCAGUUCCACACCAUUAGAAUAAUAUUUUGUAAAAUACAUGUUACGGACAACAUUACAGUAACAUGUUUAUUUUAACUCGAACAUUGCCUAUCACCCUUGAAUAUACUGAAGUAUAGUGUGCCUCCUGAUGAUGAAUGCGUUGACUGUGUCCACAGGUUUGUCAACAUCAAGGUCUCAGUUCGUCCUAGUUUACCGGCGUCAUCGGUGGCGAUUGCAGCCUAGACGACCGACCUCCAAACAGCAAACACGCCUAGUGGAUGGAAUAGCCCUGGACAGCUCACAGCUACUGCUGAUGUUUCCGCCGGUCAGUUUCUCUGGCAACCAGUCCAAGUCUGGUGCAAGUGAAUCUGCGCCUGGUAAGUCCUCAGCCUGUUGAAAGGUAGUUCUUACUUUCUGCCGUUGUAUAAUAUUCCUAUCAGUCGAACGGCUGUGGUCCGCAGCGUUUUCUCUAAGCGUGCGAGUAGAACGUUUCCCAACAUUCAACUGGGCAAGAAAAGCCGUGUGUUUUUCGGGCAGCGGAGAAUGAGGCUGGUUCUGUGUAAGCUUCCUCUAUGUAAUCUAGUUUACUUGUCAAGUGUCCUUCACGUCUAGGCCUUGAGGGUUCCUGACUGAUGGAUUAGUUUAUUUCGUGAGAUCAAAAGUGAAGCUAAUGGCGUCUAUACCAAUAAAACUACACGACUGGUAAUGGGAGUCAGAGCGUUUUGUUGUAUGCAUGAGCCAAGGCUAUCUCUGUCAGUUGUUUGUUGUCUUCUUGUCUUGCUGGUACUGCUCCUCGAACCUAAAGGUACUCGUCUUCCUCUAACUCACAUGUGCUUGUUGAUGACCGCUAGGUGAAGUUUUAUUACCGUAAAUCGCCUUGCGUACACCCUAUGAACACAUCGGACACUUUCGCCAACGAAUUGGCUCUGUCAACUUCCUUUAUAACUGGAACUCGUACUACCCGUACUGUAGUUGGAUCUCACUUUGCAUACCGGCAAACACUGGGAGGAUCGUGCACAAAAUGUCACAAUGUGACUUAAUUUCCCUGCUUGUGCAGUUUGUAGACAGCGUUGUUUAUAAUGGAAGCCUGUCCUUGAAGGACGUUCGGCGGCUUACUGUGCGACUUCGAAAAAAGUUGACCCUGAAACAAAAUUAUUCGGAGCCCGACAUUUGCCCUUCUCGCUUAUAACCAAGGCGAUGGACUAGCAGCAAAAACGGCCUCAGCUAGGAAUAUUUUUUCGCAAUGUCAGCUCCAAUACUGAUGUGGACUUCGAGGCGGCAUUUUGGUAGUCGUAUUUUGCGCACUUGUCCCCCUUUUCAGGUGGCCGUUGUGCACCAAAGAACCAACCCCUGCCCCCUGAGCCUGUCAAACAGCCCAGUACUGCCAUCCUCUACGACCCAGAGGCUUCUCUUCACGGUUCUGCCUCCGGGGACGGUUCCUGCCUCUCCUCUGCCACCCAAAAUUCCACCAGCAACUCGGCCUCCAGUUUUAUGGAUCGGCGCUUCGUGGGCGACCAGGCCUUUGCGGGCUCUAAACUUCUCACCGAUAGUGGCUUUGUUGCCUCCCGGCGGACCGACUAUCGUUGUCAGGAUCAGCAACAGCAGCCAUCCUUCGAUGAGCAGCAGCAGCGGUUCAGGACCUACCCUUCUUCUUCUACUGGCGGCGACCCCUCACAGCAGGCCGUCAGCGGUGCUUCAUACUACUUAAAUGGCGACAAAAUGCGUCUACGCGGUGAACAGGGUACAAAUACUACUGCCGCGAUCACAAGACCGACCGCCGGCUACGAUUCUGGCAAGGCGAAGAUGGGGAAGAAGAGGGCCCUUGGUGAUAGGACUGGUCAAAAGCCCUGCACCAAAUCGACCGGCGAUUUCGGACAGGUAGAUUAUUUGGACGUUGAUAGGGGAAGUUAGCAUUACUGGAAUUAGUGUGGUCAAUACUGCGUGACUUAACAUUUUUCACGAAUGCUAUCAAAGCGGUUCUUCCACUAUUUUUUUAACUGCAGUUGUUGUUAGUCCCUGGUGAUCGGCCUAACUUAUUUUUGAUCCCGUAAACUGAGAGUUGCGGGAAAUCGAGAACGCAUUUGCAGAUGGCUGUUUGUGAAUCGGUUGCCUUUGAUGGUUUUUACUUAUCUGAAGCAACUCCUAGACUUGUGUUUAAAACGAGGAGUUUCCCGGAUGUAUAAUGCGAUCUUGAAAGCCCCAGAACGCUGCAUGAGCUGCUAAUGCGUAUGGAUCCUAAAUUUUUGAAUCUCCCUGUUAACCAGUCAUAUCUGUUUUCAUGCAUGUUUCACGUCCGCGCAUGCCUUUUGGUUUCAGGCGCAGGUCGGAAGAAGAGAACCACGCUCCAAAACAGACAACCGUCGUUAUGACGAGGGCAACCGACAUGGACUUGCGCUGGAUAGCGAAACCUUGGACAACGACAGCCAAGGUAUGCUCCUCUUUGACGUUGGUUUUCGCUUUUUUUGACAUCCACACACUGUCAUUCUAGGAGCUUUUAAAGUAAGUAAUCUUGUUUCUGCGUAUGCAAUAUCCUUGUUAAUGUAGGUUUUGUUGGAAAAUACAAAAUGUCUUACCCCCACGAGACAGCUUUCGCCUGUCCCUGACUUCAUAGUUUAAGGAAGAAGAACAGAGCAAGUUCGUUAGAGAUGGAACCCAUGUUUUCAAUGCCUAGGUUUCGUAAUACUUUAUCAGCAAGUAUUCGUAUAAAUAUAAGACACAGUUGUCUCAUUGGCCACAGAAGGUCUUCUCGGCGGAUUUAAACCAGGGGUGUUUUCUUCACUUGCUUUAGGGGAAGUGGUUAUGAUAUUUCAAGCAGAGAAGGAUGACGUUGAAGGAUAGAACGCAUCAGCGACAUUUCUUUCGAUGUCUGACGUUGCGAGUAGUGAUUCUGUCUACCCACCUUCAGAGACAGGAGAGUCUUGCGCACAGAUCCCAUUAUAUGGCGCAUAUUUCUUGAUGAGUAGACCGUCAAUGCCACUAAAUGCACCUCUACCAGUGAACGUUUCUUCCCCUUUUGAAAUGUCGUCUUGAGUCGCAUUUUCGCUACUAAUGAUGUUACUUAUUACCUGGGGUCUGCUGCUGCUCCCAAUUCCAGCACCAAAUGACUGACAAGAUCAGACAUUUGACUGGUGCAUGGAAGAGAGCAGAGUGAGUGAGAUCAAUCUGACGCCCUUUAAAACUAUCAUGAUGCAUUAAAGGUCAUAACUUAGGAGGUUUCCAACUGACAGUGUAACUCGGUCAUCGUGGCCAUUCUUAUUCUUUUAAUUUGGCCUCUAGAGGAAUCCCGCUUUAAAGAAAUCCAAACCGUCCCUUCUAGUGUGAAAUCUCUGUACAUACAGCAGAUGUGCCUACUCACUUAGUGUUAACCGACUCGAAAAGGUUACUUAAGUAGGGUUGUAGUAUUAAUUACCGUGCAGCAUAAUCCCAAGAUGUUUCAGUUACUUCGGGAUUCCGUCUUUUGGGCGAAGUUCUUUCCGGCCGCCUGCAAAAACUACAUUCUCUAAAAAGCGAAUACUUAAGUAGUAUGUAUGUUUUACUUUUAUUUCGAUGUCCAUAUAAAUUUGAACAUAUUUCAUAGAAAACAUGCACACAAUACUGGGCGGCCUGCAAGAUCCAAGUUAUUCAGUCAGCUGGCAACCUUCUAGGCCACGGCUUUCAGCGCACCGUGGUAAAUUCAGGCACGCCAGAUUGCUUAUAGUGAGGAGGAAAAUGCGCUGAGUUGACCUUACUCUCCCCAGUCCCAAGUCCCAGUCACUGUCCGAGCCGGUUAGUUGACAGAUGUUGGGAAUGGGCGCGGUGGCUGCCAUGGUCUAGUGACUUUGUCUGCGCGCGCCACAUGCACGACCUGGCCCCCAAACACAAGCACUGGGAUUAGACACAACGGGGGUUGAGCGGCGUACAUCUCACAUGCAUGAGAAUGCCGUAGGCCACGUUGAGAGGGAGCCGUUUUAGCCUGGCUCUCCGCCCACAAAUCCGCCACUUCACACAUACACACAGUGAGUGUCGGCCCCAGCCAGCAGCCUUUAAAGCCACAGCGCUUGACGCACCAUGAUAGUCUCAGACUCGAAUCAUACAUGCAGCAAACGGGCCGCACGGAGACAGAGCCGAGAUGCACACUUUCUACUUGUGUUGGUGGUGGCAGUUGGAUGCUUGUAAUGGGUGAUGAUGUUGUGUGAUGCAGGUGGGUGUUGAUGUGAUGGUGUGGUUUAGCCGGCGGUUGUCUACCGCAGGUUUUCGUGAAUGCGCAUGUGGCCUAGUGGGCCCAUGGGGUGAGUGAAUGUGCAAGUGCAGUGGGGCAGACGCGUCGGAUGUAUGUUGGUGCUCCAGGCAGUGGUUCGCCAGUUGACCAAACAUGCAGCGAUUAUAAGAAGAAGAAAAUUGGCUCUCCCUGUUCCGGAGAGCCAAUUUUCUUCUUCUUAUAAUCUUCCCGGAUCUCUAAACUUUUCCAACCAUGCAGCGAUUGCACGAUUAUCAAUACCUGAAUUAACGAAAUGAUUCCAGCAAUCAGUAGCCAUAUGAUUGCUCGAAUGACCACACAUCGAUAGUGGCAUCGGAUCUGCUAAGCAGGGAUACCGGUACAGCGCACCCGACGAAAGGCAUGAUAGGCUAUGGUAAUGCCUGAGAGAUUGAUUGCGACAUGUUUGCUCCAAACACUCGCGUUUAGACACCCAAAAAUGUUUAAAGUCAGAUAAGCCUCUCCUUUCCGUUUACAAAAGGCAUGCUUCAGCAGACCGGAAUUUUAGUCACCUAUGGAGAUAAACGGAUUUGAGUCUACAGAAUCAUUUUUAGAAGAAACAAAGGUCCGGUCGUGAGCUUUAAGGCAGAGCUGGUCAGUAUUAUGUGGUCUCUGCUCGACUUUCGAAGGUGCAUGCAAAUAAAUGUCCUCGGCGACAUUUGAUAUGUGGGCGGUCAAGUCACCGAGAUUUAUUCCGGCUGGAGUGUCCGAUGUAAACUCGACAAUGCCGGCCGAAGAGCCAGACUCUGGCGUGUCAUACUCUUUAGGUACAACCAAUAAGCCCGGAGAUUUUAUCAGCCUGUAAGGGAUCUUCUUGCUUAUUUCCUUCUAAUUAGUCACUUUACAACAGUGUGUAGAGGAGCCGGAUGCUAGCAAUACACCAGAAGACAUUAAGCAGUGCAAACCCGUGCAGGCCACUGUUCUGCGUCCUCCACCUUGUGAAGCACACGGUGAACAUCGCCGUUCGUGAAGAUCGAACUUCCACAUCAUCCUGAGUAGUAAUUGUGAUGUGUAUUUUGAUGGGGAGACCGUGCGAAGCAUCAACCCCUCAUUCCCUCCCAUACUAUUAUGUGUCAUUAGCAAGAGUGGGUCUAAAUAGGUACCCUCUCCGCAAGCUCUCGCUUGCCGCACCGAUCCGAUAUAAACCAAACCAGGACACCUGACAUGACCUUACUACCACGCCGAGCGUAGUCUUCUCGACUCUGCUAUAGAGUCCGUCCAUCCAAAACAGACUGGACAAUAUCUUACCGCCAUAACACAAACGAAGCUGUGUCCGCACGCUGUACCGACGGGUGGAAACUCAUUGCAGCACGCCAGCCGCCAAACUGCAUGAGAUAAAGCUCCUCCUAGAACUUUUCAGAGCCAAUGGCUAUCCGCGGCAUUCACUGAACGAAGCCGGAGGCAGCCAAAGAAACGGAACGAAGAGCAUAGUUAGCCAAAGUCGUGGCGGAGCAUUUCGUACAUUAAAGGGGUCUCCGAAGUCGUGGCUCCAUCACUCGCGCCACUCGGAAUAGGUGUUGCCCACAGGCCUGACUCAACAAUCCGCCGGCAAGUGAUGCGGCCGAAUGAUCCGAUCCCUAAGCAGGAGAUGUCGGCCGUUGUCUACCCACUUCAAUGCAACUGCGGAAGUUGCAACUACGUUGGGGAAACCGGCCGACGGCUGCAAACGCGAAUGCACCCAAAUGGACCCAAAGUCGGAGGUAGCAACCCAUGCCGCGCAAAUGGGACACAUCUUCAACUUUGACGCCGUUGAGAUUGUGGGCCGGGGCAGCGAUCACACAGCAAGAAGCCUGGAUGUCCACCGACCGCACUGUCAACCGCCACAUCAAUUUGCCUCCCCCCCUAUCUAACUGUACGAACCUUCUUAGCGGGGGACAGUCACGGCGCGGGACAAUCGGGACCGUCAGUCAUCACCGCGGCCGACGGGGGCAAUUCAGGUCACGGUGACAUGCGGGUUGGAUGCAGCCACACAGACGACAUUGGCGCCUCACGCAUUGGACAAAGGGCUCCAUAAUAAGGAGUGCUGUGCACAGGACUUCCCAGUCCCUGAAGAUGGGUAGACGAAUAAAUUACCUGAAACGUCGGAUCUCAAAUAAACCCCUCCCGCUGAACGCCCCCUCUUCUUUUGAUAUGCCACCUGGGAAUCACAUUUUCACUACUAUUGAAGAGUAGACUGCCUUUUCUGCUCUUUUGGUUGUUCAGGUCGGUGAAUCAUCCGAUCUCUGUUCAAAUACCUUCUCCGGUGUAUGGAAAACUGUGUGCUAUGAUAUGUCCCAUUUUUUCAGUGGAUCCAAUAUGCGAUUUUAUUUUUUAAUUUUUUAAUUUCAUUCCUGAAAGCAGAUUGCGAAUGAUAUGGAAUAGGCCAAUGUCGGCUGCUGGACCCGUCUGUGGGCGCUCUCAAUUAACUGCGCGCGUAGUUGCAGCCAGCCAGGUGGUAACUGUUUUAAACCCCAAGACGUGACAUUAGCCAGGAAGAAGGUACUUCUCUACGAGAUCUGUCUCUGUGUUCCGCGGGGGAAAAAAUCCGAGAUCGCUCUGUCCACUUCACCCAAAUGCCUGUGUUUUACUCACUCAGCAAGAUAUUUCUUGUUUCGGUUAGAGCAAGCUAUUCCUAUUUUUAGCUGUGAUUGUUUGAUCAUCCUCAGGGCUUGGACACACUUGUUCCGGCUGAUCUUCGUGUUGAUUAAUUCUGCUAUCUUGUAGUGAAGCGUAGUGUGGAAAAUUCGGCCUUCUGGCACCCCUUGUAUUUCGAGUGUCUUCUUCUGCUUGAAUGUAUUUGUCGAGUUUUUGCGCGUUGGUUCUCACUGUAAGCCCGGUCUUCAUUACUUUCUGAAAACAUACUAAAACACUCUGACUGAAGGACCCUUGCGCUGCCUACAACGUUUGAGGGUUUAGAUUGGCAAAGUUGAGAGAUCCGAGUUUAUGAUUUGAAGAAGAAAAUGGGCUCACCGGAACAGGUUUAUUUAGAUGCUGACGUUUCAAAGAGCUUGAUCGGAUCUCCAUUGUCAAAGCGUAAAAUGCACUUAAUCAACCAGAGAUCCCAAGUGACGUGUCACGUUGGUCGGCCUCGGCCUCUCGAAGGAUGGUUGGUGGGCGUUUUGUCUGCGUGCUUUGUGAGUCACCACUCCGUCGGGGGGAGCUGACUGAGCCUUUGUCGGGUGGUCGGUCUGGCGGUACUUGUUGUUCCUCACCGAGUACACUCGUCGUCGGGCUGUCUCCAUAUCGCCCUCUGAAGUCCGGUGUGGUUGUUUGGUCCUGAGCUCUACGAUUGUAGCGGCGUAGGACUUUGUAAGCUGCAGGAAGGUCCAGAUGCCUGUUGAUGGAUUGGGCAUCGGAGAACCACCCCUCGAGCGUUAACCGUUCCGCCUUUGUGUUGCCCCUGCCCAAGAUGGUAGCUCCCUGGAGAUCGGAGUAUGCCCAGUUUCUCCAACGUGUGUUGCUAGUUGAGAGUUAGGGUCUAACCUCCGAGUAGCCGAGUUGUGAUCUUGUAGGCGAGUCUGCAAACUAAAAAUUUCGGCAUAAACUCAGACUUCGUUUACGAACCGUGGGCUACAGUGGUGGCAAUUUCUGUUUUUUCCCACACAGUGAACCAUUCUUUGCCGACAGUGGUGCUGCUGUUAGAUUCUCAUCAGUGGCAUUUUCCCUGCCAGACUUCCAUCCACGUUUUUUAUCUCUUCUUGCGGGCGACGGAGGAUCCUUGUUUCCUUGCACAUUGCUCCGAUUAUUUUGGCGCUUCGUGAUCCACUGAACAGUCAGCUGGUAGAAGCUCCCCAGACCAUCUUGCUGACGUGAAUUAUACGAAAAAUGGGGUUCGCUCAGCCAGAAGACAUUCUACUCUGUGGGCUACCGAGGCCUCUACGCCCGCAUUCGUCCGCUUGCUCUGCCACUGACCUGUCGUAGCUGCGUCUGCAAAUCUCGCGCUCUUUAUCGAUAUUGUUUUCAACCUGACUCGCAGGGCCACCUACCGUCCGUAGUCUGCUUAACUAAAAUAUAUAGCUAGGAGGGCCUGCAGUGUAGAUAGAUAGAUAAUUUUUUAUUAAAGACCCGUCGGGGUCCUAUUAAAGCAAGUUAAAAUAAAUUUACAUGCGAAUUUUAGACGAGGUAGGCUGAAUCUUCACAAAAUGCAAUUCAUAGUUUCUGAAUUAGUAGUCCAUUGAGAAACAUGAUGAUUGAGGGGUGGAAAACAAAACUCCUUACAAAAAGUUAAAAAUGAUUGGAUUAAUUUUACAGGAGAAAAAAACCCUCAAUAAAAAUAAUGACAGAAAAAAGCGAGCAGAACUGGCCUGUAGGUGGCGGUAUAUAACGGAAUGUUGUCGGUCAUUGUCAGGGUAGCAAUAAAUCUCAGCCUUGAGGGGUACGUAUGCGGGACUGGCUUGCAUGUGGCAUUGUAUACGGGAUUCACAAUUGAGAUCGUCUGGGCCGGAUUGAUACGCCGCAUGAGACUAUUCGCGUCAAAGAGGCCAGACGAGAGGAACCCAGAUGUGAUCGGCCACAGCACGCUUUGAGCUCAGCCGAGCAGUGGGGAAGGGAGGUACGACCAAACUACUAGUAGACGGCGAAUACUGAGGGUUCCGCCCUGAGCGUCGACAGACCGCAUGAGGUCGGAAUGCGGGAGAUGACAUCAAAAACCGCGAAAAUUGUCGCUAUGGGGGAGGAGUGAUAGCAGUGGAUUUAGAAACCAAUUCAAAACAGGGGUUUCUAAUGAUAUAAUUAAGAGUUACCACCUACUAAGUCCUAGGAGGACCCUUCUCGAAGUCAAGAAUCUGAGUGUUCGGGAAUGAGACCGUUAACAGUGCCUUUAUGCUUUCCGGUGAAAGAUGUUUGCGUAAUUUCGACUUGAAUACCAGUAACUUAGGCGAUAAUCUAAUUUCUAAUUACAUCAGGUGCCUGACGUACCGUAGAGCGCAAAAUGACCUGGUGUGCGGUGCUCUCUUUUUUAACUGUAGAUUCAUGUGCGUUGUCCGAAGAGGCGACCUACCGCAGUAACGCACUUCUCCCUCCGCGUCCGCCACCGCUGCCGCCUCCGGGCAGUCCGCCGCAGGGAUCACCCUCCGGUCUCCUGCAUGCGAACAUGGAGAGAGGGCUGGCUGCCUAUGGGUCGAGGGACCCUCGAGGAGGCAGUCUAACGCAGCCGCCGCGUUUUUCUGAAGGCAUUUUGGGUAGCCAGCCGCGGAUGUCGACGGCAGACAAUGGUGUUGAGAUGAGCCCGUCGCGGUCGGACAACAGCUCUCUUGACGGCCUACGCUGGCGCUCAAACUCUGAAGAUUGCAAUCCCAGUUUUCAGAAGGCCAACGUCAAGACUCCCGUCACACCGGGGUCCGGUGUACCUAGCGUCUCACUGGAGAACACGCCUUGUAUGUUCUCCACAGAUACACGUAUGCUCUAGGUUUUUGUUUUUCGGAUUGAUUGAGUUAAUAGUUUGAGCAGGAAGGCAUGCGCCGAGUAAACGAAUCUGGGAAAAAAGUUUGCAACGACGACUAGAGCUGAAAAAGCAGCCAGUGCACGGUCGCCAGUGACUUGCGCUCUUGAUAACCGCGCGCGUUCUAUUCUGCAUAGGAUGGCUAUGGGCACCAUUCCACAAUUCCUGUGAAUAUUCCCAUGUUGCGCUUAAACGGUCAGAUAAUUUCAGCAAUUCAUCAUCAAGCCUAUUCAAUUACAUGGGAGAUGAAAAUAUGAGUUUAUAGGCGUCCCAGGACAUUAGACACACUUUUCGUUCCUACGCCGCUUGCAUAAGAAGUUCAGUAUCUUGCGAUCAGUACGGCUGGGAGAGGAGAGUAGAGGUAGGGAGCGAGCGAGAAAUGUAGGUAGGUUAGACACGAGAAGUGCGCAUAACUGCCACUUGGGGGUCGGGGCGACGUUUGCCAUGGGAAAUGAGGCGCCUGCGCCGACGUCUUCUGACAGCAAAUCGCUGUGUUCGCUAGCCAAAUACCUACUUCAUCGGCUGUUAAUAGCAGCCUUUAGCGUAAGCCCUUUGAGCAGUUUGUUGGUGUCGAGUAGACAACCCGAAGGGCUUCAUUUGCGUCGACUCAGUGAUUCGCACUGAAUAGACGUGCGAGAAUGGGACUUUAAAUCCAUCCCUUUUUACCUCCGCCAAGCUGCCGAUCCGUACAUGCGACUGUUAUGGGAGCGAGGAGUGAGACUAACCCUCUCGGAUGCUUAUAGACCCUGUCCACGACUUAUGUCUUAAUUCUCCAUGUAGGUCUAUUGGGCAGAUGAUGACUUGCUGAAAACAGAUAUAUUCAACCAGUGUUGUGGUUUUUUAUACGUUUAACCUCUAAAACUGAAUAACACGUAAAGAGCAAUGAUACUGGAUCACAUUUAUGCCGUUUCCUUCUGCAUAUAAACAAACAAUUCUUCUGUAAUUUUCACCGCGGGAGUAAUUUUUGCGGACUUUGAGUUGAAAAUGCUUUGAGGCGCUGGGAACCUGUGAAAUAAAGCGAUGGGAAGUUGACAAUUGCACAUAUUUUCUAUUAUACUCAUUCGUUUCAUAGAUCUUACAGCGGAAAUCAGUGGUAUCUGCGGGGUGAGCCAACAGACGACGUAGAAACACCUCCUUUAAACUGAAUGACUUGAAGGGGUCCAGAUACUGAAUGUGCCUUAUUCACCACAACCCCAGGUCCAGUCCUAUUUAGCCGAGCGGAUGUGUGGAUCAGAAGGAGGAACUUAUUUUGGGACGGGACGUUCUCGUGUCCAUGCCUUUGGUUCCCCUGCCGCCAACUGGUCCUGACUGACCGACGUAUCACAAGGCGUCGUGGCCACUCAAAGCAUGCUCUCACGAAUAAGGUUGUGGGGCGCGUGAAUGCGCGUGCAUAAGCAUUGAACAACGAAUACUUUUCCUGUGGUACAGGCGUGCCGUCAUGUAAGCCAUGGCGUGUGUUGUUCAGGUCAGUGAAAGCGUCCCGUCGAGGUCUACAAGCAAUGUUAAGGAAUGUCUUUUGAGGAUAUUCGUAGGCUACAAAGUCUUCACGAUUUUGAAAUUAGUUAAAAUUACCAGCAUCUCACUACGUAGUCUCACAUUAGCUGUCCUUAUUUUACCUCUAUAUACAUUUCUAGAUGAAUGUGUAUGCAAACUUUUAAUAACGCAAUAUUUGGGGUACUUUUCGCCCUGCAGAGUUAAUUUACGGAAUAGGGUCGUAUUCAUAGCGUCCAAUCUGUCUUUUACUGUCUUCUGAAAUGUUGCUCCUUCCAGGCUCUAUGUUUAACGAAUCCAACGCGUCACCCGUUUCGUCGGGCGGCCGAUCAGCCCCUAGCAAUCAUCCUUGCGGUCUCACCUACACUCCCUCUCCACGGAGCUCCGUAGGCGUAAGCGGUGCUCCGGUACCGCCACAGAUGACUCCUCAGAAGCUGACCUAUGGAAAAAGGACCCCCGGUAAGGUUACGAUGCCGACAGGAGCGACACCGACUUCACCACCAUCAGUACCGCCACCUGGUAUAUUGGGCAGUAGUUGCAUUUCUGGUGGCCCACAGCAACAACAGGAACAGCAAACACCUGGAAUCGACGGACAGGCCUCACAAGCGGACAGCUCUGCCACUACCAUGGUAACUUUCUUUGUCUGCGAGGUUUGUGCGUCGCGGUAUCGCUCGACUGCGGGCCUGCGCUACCAUUAUCACAGUCAGCACGCUGGCUACACUCCACGCAACCCUAUAUCGGCGUCAGCGUCUCGAAUCACCAUCCCGAUGCAUGAGUACAACCGUUACGGACCGGCUACUGGUCUUCGUGGUGGACGAAAUAGUCGUUCGAAACGCAAUCGUUGUAACAGUGAGUUUUGCGUUCUAUUGAUUCAACCUCACUGUUAAUUCCUGAUGAGCUAUCUAUUCCAACUUAUUUACUUUUUUGUCUCUAUUACGCACACGUUUCCAUCAGGCGAAUAGUCUGCCUGAAUCUCAUAUAAAGCCUCUCUAGUCGGCCCUGACUAAUGAAUAUGCUAAAAACACUUUUGUUAUUGACCUUGACCGUUAUGGACUCAUUUGACAACCUAACAGUGGUGUUCCGCACACGAGUUAACUUGGGACUUUACCUGUACUGAUGCAUUCUUACGUUCAGUUGACAAUUAUCCAGAUUCCAAAUCUCUCAGGCGGUUGCUGUAGUCACGACUUCUGAGUGACAAGACGGCUGGUAAAACGUCCCAAGCCUGCUACUUUCACACCGUUAGAAUUUAUUCUGGAUAAACCGCUAACGUAGAAGACGCCCUAUUGCAUAGAAAUAACAAGAUCAGUUUUCAGCCUCUCCAAUUUAACAGCCGCUUAGGUAUUGUAGGUCAAUACGGCUGCUGCACCACUUGUCAGCAUUAACAAUAUGCUAAACUAUACAAACUAAAGAUGCAGUACACUCCGGUCGUCUCAGCUUUUCUGUAACUGAGAACCAGCCUGUACAUGCGUACUGUUAAAAUACGGUUCCAACAGACAGGUGGUCGCAUGUGUUACAUAGUAUGACAGCUUUUUUCAUCGUGCUGCUGCCUUUAGGUGGCACCUUUCACAGCACCCAUAUCUUGAUGAGACUUGAAAGAAAACGGCCGACUUGACAACCCAGUCAAGGCACACAGAACUUGCCGAAUAUGAGGCUACAAACAUUACGUUUUUUUAUCAUUUUUGCCAGUAAGUGGGGUUUGGCCUGUGUCACAUACUAAAUAAUUCGCCAUACUGACAGCACAGGUACCAGCUAAAAAUCCAGACAGGCGUGUUUUCCCGUCACAUGACGCCAUUGCCAGGGGUUCGGCUCAUCGGUGGGUCCCCCAGCGCUCCUCGUGUGCUUUCUGGCGUUCGACUUUCAGUUUUUAAAUGCCGUCCUUUUUACUUCCGUCGAAAAAUUAACUCGCAAACUAGGAGUAAACUCUUCGGAACAGGACCUCAGGCGGAGCCUAGAAAGGUCUAUUCCAGAAGAUCUACUCUGUCUAAGCGCAUUAAUUUCGGAGGAUAUUUGAAAGGGUGACAUUGAAAGUGUUUCCGCGUUCCUCGUUUUCCCUACCCCCUGGCUUUCCAUCCGACUGCUACACAUAUUCACUUUUAGAUAACUACGUGUGCCAUCGGACCGCCGCCAGUUCAUCCCAAAAGUCACGGGCUCCUCCGAUGAAUGGGGGACUUGAUAGCCAGCGCGGCAGCUCCGAAGUCGGCGGGCUUCGGGGCCCCUCGGAAUCGGACCUUUAUCAGAUGCCGAGCGAUGCCACUCCUGAGGACCAUCGGCCCAGAAGUCUGUAUUCUGGUGGUAGUAUGUGCAAGCCGUUGCAUUGUCUAUAAAUUGUUUAGAUUUUAGCUAGGACUUUCAACUGAACCGAUGCCUUCCCCUCCAGUUCUCGUUCAACCCUGUAGUUCCAACUGAGAUGCAAUGACAGAGACUGGAGGAUAACCUUUAAGGGGGGUGAAUAGGCUCUCAAGGGCAAAAUCGGUCCGGUGUAACUGUUAUAUUUCCCAGCACAUAGUUUAGAGCUUACUUUAACAGUUCGCCAAUGCGGGUACUAAUUCCUACAUAAGAAGAAGCUAACAAGCAAUUUUCUGUCAUGAGUUAGCCCACCUACUGUAUGUCACGACGGCUGUUAGCCCAUGUACGCGGUGCCAAGCAAGCGAGCAAGCUUUUAUACUUGUCAGGAUUACCGCUGCAGCCGUUAGACGCAGUUCAUGGGCCAGCGGGAUUGCGGGUACUAUAUUUGUUAUUUUCUACACUGUAACUGAUUCCAUCACAUUGACGAUCUGGGUCUUAGAUAGAAACUCAGACACGUUUUUCGACUACUUUCUUCUGUUGCGUGGUACAACCGUGAUUGGCUCAGUCCACAACGCGUCCCCCUGUCUAUGCGGUUGCGUACUCCACUUUUCGAUGUGAAGCUUAUAACUUCACCUGAAACUAAUGUGCUAACUUGGAAUGACGUCAUUGGGACAGGUAUAUUUGAUUUGGGCAUCGAAGAUUCAAGCUUAGUGCCCUGAUUUUCAGCGGGAUGACAGCAUAAAAGCCUUUAAACUCCCCAGCAGUAGGUGUGGUACUAGGUAGUUUCGCCGCACGCCCAAAUUAUUACUUGCUGAGCGCACACGCGGGGGUUUCACGCAUUUCCUUCCGGUACAUUAGGCUUCGGCUAGGAGUUUGGUCGCUUAAUAAGUUACUCCGUCAAGAGCAACAGGAGCAUCCUCUGUUCCGAUGGGCACUUAAUGGUAACUUACCAACAUUUUCAUGUUGGGAAGGGUCGGGCGUUAGUGUUGCGGGUCAGGGGCGCCUGAGACUUGCGUGCUUCCCGUGUGGCUGUUGAAGCGGCUAUCCGGUCGGCUUUAUAGAUGGCUGCUACAGUCUUCACCAUUCUUUUUUAGUCCGGUCGGUUCUGUGCGAUCUCUUGCUAAGCCUUCGGGUUGAUCUAUAACCGCCUCAAGGAAUUCUUUAUGGCGUCCUUGUAGAGACGGGCUUGACUUCCUUGUCGGCGAGCACCCAUAGCGUCGUCCUCGUAAAAGAGCUACUUUUCUAAACGUUCGUAGCACACACUCGCGAGGUGACCGCUGCAGCGUAGUUGCAGUUGUCUCAUCGUCCGUUUCAGAACGUUUGUGUCCCGAAUCUGGUCCUGCUCCCUCAGCUUUAGUAUCAAUCAAAGGCAACCGAGGUUUCCGCGCUUUUUUUAUCCUAAACUGUCCAGGUCUCCAUGCUAUACAGCAAAGUCGUCAAGAUUACCGCUUUGUGCAUCUUGGGUUUGAUAUUGAGAUGGAGAUCGUGGCGAUUCCAUACGAAGUUCUGCAGGCGGCCGAAGGCCCGGGUGGCUCUGGAGAGUCGGUGAGCCGCUUCGUCGUCAAUUUUGAUCCAACGUGAGAAUGUGCUGCCUAAGUAGGCGAAGUUGUCCACGGCCUUCAGUUGGGGGUUGUUAACAUGGAUGCCAGGAGCACUAUAUGCAGCGUUAAGCCGCGGUUGAUGCACGACCGCCGUUUUGUUCCCUUUGGUGGUUAACCCGACAGUUGCGCAGCCGUAGUCGGUAGAUUACGACCCUCAGACCAUUUUGGUAGGCGCGACGAAGUUCUCCAUUUCGCCGCGGAUCUUUUCUGCCUACUGCGUCAUUUUUCAUUUCCUUCAGCCUCUUCCAUACCAGGCGUAGGGUGCGGCUUUGUUGGCGUAAACUCCACCCUUGGCGUAGAUCCCGUAGGGCCUGUUAUUCCCACAGAGGAGAUGUCUUAUUUAUUCAGCGUUGUUGGCAUCCGCGAUCGGGUGCAUUCAAAGAGGUGGCGUAAGUCGUGUUCCACAGUCUCCACCAGUGCGUCUCACCACGGGUAUUUUCUUCGAGUACCUACGUUUGUUCCAGGUUAAGAUUCACAUGGCGCUCAACCGUAUCGGUUAAUGCGGUAUUUAGGCUACUUUGAGAUCGUCUGCCGGGGUUCUACUUGCAGCCUCAUCUUCCAGACAAGUUGAUGGUUCGCCCGGCAUUCUGCAACACCUUACCUUUGUCGCUAGGACAGCACGCUAAUAACAUCUGCGAACAACAAUGCAAUCCAGUAGUAGCUAGCGUCGUGAGCCAGGGCACAUCAUCCAGGUCAAAUGUGGUUCGGUAGCCUCACCUGAAGUAAACAAACCUCAGUCACCUCUAAUACGGACCGAUGGCAGUAGGGGUUUUACAGGUGGAGCCGGGGAACGCGCAGGCGACGGGGUCAAGUAGUUGUGUCCAUCGGCGGAUCUACCAAACCACAUCUUACCCACAUCAACUUCAUUUCCAACCAGGUAGCGUAAAAUAUACCUACUAGGGCAUUGAAGUCGCCAAAGGCUGUCUGUGACACGGGCUCUAGGAGGGUGUACAAGCCUGCGUAUAAUUUGUUAUCCUUGCUGUCGGGGCUUCUCAUUGAGGUUGCAGACGUUGAUGACGAUGGCGAAUUUGUUCUCACGGAGAGAUAGUUGCAGUGUAUCUACCGAUUUGGACUACCUAAAAGAUAGAGUUACUUUAAGUCUUCUGUUUUUUUUCAUCAUUUUCUGGUUUGUUAAGCGCUCUUGAAAAUUACCCACCUAAACACUCCUUUUCCCUCCUGCAGGCAGCGUUGCAGAGCGGAGCGCCAGCGACUCCAGUUCGUUUCUCUCCUCAUUGAAGUUGAGUACAUCCAGCGACCUGGACUAUACACGCAGGCAGUCACCCAGCUUUAGUCAUAGUCCACUGACGGCUGUCGCGCCGGAGACUCAAAUGAAGCAGCCCUUUAGUGGCCAACACUUUUCAGCACUACCUGAUACUUCCGUUUCUUCUUGCUCUUCGUCUUCAUCUUGCUCAGCUCUCGCUUCGAUGGAUCACAUGGCCUCAUCCCUUCUUCAGCAACAGCAGCAGAGCCAAUCUUCCGGUCUACUCACUCAACUUCAGUCAGCAAACUUUGCGAAAAAUGCCCGAUCUGGGUCCCCGAAGGAACAGCACAUAGGUCGGGCGUUUACUGAUAGCCUUUCUGUCCUCGGGACUACGACCUCGGCCUCUUACGCCGCCGAUACCUUCAAACUGAUGCAGCCAAGUAAGCCAGAACGCGGGGGCCAGCAGCUUGGCGGCACUUCACCGUUAUGCGCCCAAAUGCCGCCGGAGGGAUCAGCUGUGACCCAGUACCAAAGCUCGAUGCCCUCCUUUCUGGCAGACUACUAUAUGACUCCCGAUGCCUUCUCUGGCGGCGGCGGCGGUGGUGGGGUGCCGAUGUGUCAUCAAAGACCACCGCCGACCUACGGUCCUGGAGCUGCUGUUGGACGGUCGAGUUUCCUCGAGUUUCGCAACAUGAUGAGACAGCGUCGUCAGCUUCAGUACCCUCCGUUGACUGACAUGUUCGUUUCCUGUGGCUACUGCCAGAUGCGCGUCGAGCCUUCUGAUCCGGAUUCCUAUGCCCGAUGUUUCUCUUGUGGUGUUACCGUUCACACUGUCUGCGCACUGCGUUUCCGUGGUCCGCAACCACGACGAGGAUCCGGCAUAAAUCCGCUCCAGUGCUAUCCCUGGUUGUGUGUGGAAUGCAAGACAUGUUGGAUUUGCGGCAGCGGGCUCAAUGAGGUAUGCCACUCACGGCUUUUAUUAUUUUUCACUCUUCGUAUAGAUGACUCCUUUGGCUGUUGUUUUUGCCAUGUGGCAAGAGAGAAGGCUGAGCUAUUGUGUGUAUUAUUUACGAGAUUUGCAUUCGGAAUUUCAACAACGAUUAGCUUUGACCGUUUCGCUCCACUUCUAAGCAACUCCCGGUUUUUUCUCACUCACAGGGAUGAUCGGUUACGACGCAUUAGCGCACACUGUGACUGCCACUGUUGUUUCUCGUAUUGGUUUCAAAAAGUACUAGAUGUGAUUAAUAGGUGUUAUGACAGAUUUCAAAUAAUUAACUUUGACCCAACUGUGAAAAUCUCGGCGCCUCGGUGGGAUUCGACCCAACGACAGAAAAUGGAGGUGUUAGUACAGCCAAAGCUCGAGCCACCUGAGCCACGAAACCCCACUGGACGACGCGAGGAGGGAAGGUGCACCCAUCUGUUUGACCUCGCAGAGCAAACCUGGUGGCAGGGAACACGCACAGAUUUCCAUCCAUCAGCCUUAAAGCGUCCAAGCAAUCAUUAACUCGUGUAAACCACGAAAUAAGGGUUAGCAGAAAACAGUAGCUGUUUUAAGAUUUAUGUCUGCCCUCUUUUCUCAGCCAUGCCCAGCGAUUCUGAAAUUCACACUACUGCCCUGAUAGUCUAUUGAUGAGAUCUUACCGAUGGAUCACUUGCGCCAUCAGCCUGAGGUUUCGUCGGUGCCCCAUAUCAGAGAGUUUUUAUCUAAGUUGAAUGUGUUUCCGAUCGCAGGCUCUUAUCGGGAGCAUGAAUGCCUAAGGAGAUUUGGAAUAGGCCGAAUCGCAUGUUGUCUGUCCCCCCCUCCCCCCCGUGGCAGAAUCAAUUUUGUCCAAAAAGUCGAGUGAUUUGAGUGAUUCCCUUGGGCAUCUGUUUUCCUUGCUUGACGACAAAGUGCCGUAUUAUUGUCCUCCUUGUUCCACGAAUACUGUUCAUUUGAUACCAACAUACGCGUCUCAUUGAAUUUAUUUAUGUCUUUUUUUUCUUCUUAGUGCAACUGCCGGCUUUCGCUGUCACUACAAUACUAGAGGGCGAUUACGCGGUCUUUCAUUGUCACUACACUCGCUACUUAUGGCUGGGGGAGUAGCAAUCGUAUUACGGUUUUUGAAUUAUAGCCAGUACUAUCGCCACUGCCGUCGCUAAAAGUUUCUCACUUCAUCGCUACCCUGUCUUCUUCUUUUUGUUUGCCUUAUGUGUUACCUCGAUCUGCGUGGCCGCGUCCAUAGAGUCAAUCGUGACAGACUAGAAACACGGAACGCUCUCAGAGCAAACUUACAGUAGAUGUGCUGACUGAAAUUCUUACGUGUUUCCAAUUCGAAAAGCCUACUUAGGUGUUGCCGUAAUAUUAAUUAUCAUGCAGCAUAAUCCCCGGAUAUUCCAGUCACGUCAGGAUGCCGGCUGUCGAAUGGGCUUCCUUCCGGCCGCUUGCAUAAACCACACUUGGUAAAAAGUUACUACUCAAGUUGUAUGAAUUUUCCCCAUUGACUUUAAAUGCGCUUAUAAAUUUUUAAAAAAAUUAUAGAAAAAAUAUGCAGAAAUAUUUUUUUGCGCAUUUGUUAGCAAGGUGUGUCUUCAAAUUUUAUGCUUGAAGAAAUAAUACCUUUCGUUCUAAAAAAUGUCCUAAUUCCCGAGUAAUUGUGAACCCCACCUGCCGUUACACUUGCAUUCAGGGUUUCCAAUCUACAAUCUGUAUAAUUUCCUCGUAAGGGAAGUCAUGCAUUUUUAUAUGCUUUUAAGAAGAGGACACAUAGUGAUCGUAGUUUUUUUAGUGGACGUGGACCAUGUUGUUCACUUUGUAAAUGGCAUUAAUAAAUGUGUUGGCGCAAUGCUAUAGUAUUGGACAUUUCACACAAAUUGCUACCAAAUGCGUAAAGGAACGUAUGUUCUGUGCAUUUUUUUACAGAUUCUUUUUAAAUUUAUAUCGGCAUCGUACAUCAAUGGGAAAAAUUCAUACUACUCAAUAGUCAUUUUUUCACAAGGUGUGGUUUAUACAAGCGACCAGAAAGAGGCUCACUCGAUAGCCGGCAUCGUCACGUGACUGGAAUAUUUUAACAUUAUGCGACACGAUAUUUAGUAUGACAAUCCUACUUAAGUAAUAUCUUGGAAUCAGAAACAGGUUUCAUAAUUACAGGCAACAUUUCAUGAGAUCUGUACGUGUGGGCUCAAGCUGCGGUAACAACUUUUUAAACACCAUCCUAACUGUCAGCCUUUUUAUUUACCUUUCCCAACCCUCUGACAGGACCACUUGAUCUCAUGCAAUGAAUGUGAUCGCGGUUUCCAUGUCUACUGCUUGACUGCUGCGACCUCUGCCCGCCAGCCGACAUCCCUUUUCACCGACGACUGGGUAUGUGAGGUCUGUCAGCCACAGAAUGGCUGCCUGCGUCUGUCACAAUGA